AUGGCAGAUCUUGAUGGUCCUACACCAUAUCAAAGUACAUGUGAUCCUACAUCGGAUAAUGGUACUUGUUCAAAUACAAGUCUUUGUCAAUGUGCAACAACAGUAACAGGAGAAAAUAUUUGUACACAACAAAUGAGUUGUGAAUAUGGAACGCCUUGUGAUUCGAAUAAUACAUGUGCCAAACCAAAUUCAACUUGUGUUAUUGAUAAUCGAUGUCCUGGUAGACGUUUGUGCUAUUCAAUUGUAAUAUUUAGUCCGGAGUUUUGUCCACCUCUCGUUGAAUCUAGCGACGCAAGUAUUAUGGCAUAA